AUGCAGGCUUUCGUGAACAAAGGACGAAAGCCGAAGUUCGACUGUACCCUGCGCAUUAUUGACCUGACCAAUAUCCCACUGGUCGCCGGCACAGCAUAUGUGAAAUGGCAUCUGUCAUCUUCGAGCGCCGCCGAGCAUCGCGGACGGACCGACAAAGCGAGCAUUCACGAUCAUAAAGCAGUAUGGGACUUCCAGAAGGACUUGGCAAUACGCAUGACGAUAGAGAAGACGCAGAUGCUGCAAGAGUGUGACAUACAUUUCGAGAUCGUGCAGGAAUACAGCCAAGGUGGCAGGGGAGGGCGUGUCACACUGGGUAAUGUCAAGCUCAACCUGGCCGAGUAUACGCAAGUACACGAACUAGCCGUAGAGCAGCGGGACCCGCAGGAUGAGAGCGAGGAUGGCGCCAUCGUCAGGCGGUACCUCUUACAGGACAGCAAGAUCAACUCCACCCUGAAGAUCGGAAUCAAGAUGAAGCAGACAGAAGGCGACACCAAUUUCAUUGCGCCCCCACUGAAAUCAGCCAUGGUCAUGAGCGGCAUCGCAGGUGUGCUAUCCACGGAAGCCGGCGAAGGCGACGAUAUGCCCAGCAUCACCAGCAAGACUAGAGAGCUUUCUGAGAUGCAGGACCUAUACCGGCGCACGCUCGCCGCCACAUGGGCCUGCCAGGCCGGCGAGAUGGCUCCUGACAAGCUCAUCGAAGAUAUCUUCGCUGGAGGAGACGGCGGGCACAAGGAACACCAUCACCACCAUCACCACCGUAAUAACCAUCAAUCGAACCGCUCGAACCACCCAAUGCACACAUAUAAUCGCGACGAGAGCAUGGGCAGCAGUUCGAGCGAUGCAGAUUCUAGAAGGACAGUCACGCCGCGGCACCUGACUCCAGAGAUGGCACGGCAUGCGCCGUAUGGGCAUCACAGGAGGCACGGAAGUGGGUCGGGAGCGACAAGCACGAAUCUGUCGCAGUCGAGUACAAUUAGUGGGCGGUCGAGUCUGGAUCAGCAGAUCCAGCAGAGUCACAAGGAGAUGCGAAAUAAGAAGCAGACGGCCGAGAACGAUAUUACGGAAUUUGAUCUGCGUGACGACUUGAGAUCCUGGCAGGUGCAGGUGCGGUAG